CAAAUGCAAAGUGCACGGGAGAGAGAUCUUCGAUGGGAAUGAAGGGAUGGCAACCGAGGUAUUCGUUACGGGGGCAUGACUGCAGGGACAUAUCAUCGUCACCCUCUGCUUCUCCCAUCCCGAAGGACCCUAGCUACGGCUUGCCUGUGGAAAGGAUCAGAAGCAACUAUGGGGAGGAGGAGACCUCAAGCUCGGAGGCGGAUCAAUGGGAAUCAUGUCAUAUAGACGAGCAAGCUAGGGAGGAUUCCGAGGAGGAAAAAGGGAGAGGGGGGGAGGAUGAAGCUGGACGACAAUCAAAGAAGCAAGAAAACAGUAGAGUGGCGGAAAAUGAACACGAAUCUAGGCAAGAAGGGGGACAACAAUUAGAGCAACAGGAAGCACCCACAGUGGCCUCGGAGGGCGGAUCAGGGGAGUCGGCACGAGUCACCGAGAAAAGAAAUGGACUGCAAAGGGACCCGCUGAUUGACUUGGCACGACAAGAGAGGGCGGAGUCCGGACUGGUAACCAUCUUGCGAGAAGGGGAGUGUUACGAGGACAUCCAUAGCCUCGACGCCGAGGUCAAGCGAGUCAGCAGCCGCCUACAGCAGCUGGAGCAACGACCCGUCCCCGCCCCAGUCGCCAGCUCCUUGAACACUUCUGAUCGCCUCGACGCAUUGGAAAUCGACGUCGGUGCACUCAAGGACGGUGUGCAGCUACAGCAAACCGCAACUCAACAACUGAAGCAGCGGAUCUGCGCUGCCGCCAGUCACUCGAGCACGUCACCACGUGAAUCGACUCCGAAGUUCGACGGUCAAAAGAUCUUCUGCGACUCGACGAAGACGGACCCAAUUCCAUGGUUCCGCAAGUUCAAGCUCAAGUUACAGCUCCACCACGUCAAUGAAGAGAAGAAACACGGGUACUUGUACUCCCGAUCGGGGGGCGCGUGCCAAGCGUGGUUGGACAAUCUCUUGUCCAAGUACGGGUUGGUGGUUGCCGACUUGUAUACCAAGAUCAGUUGGGAUGAUAUGAAGUCAGCAUGGCAUAAGCAGUUCCAAAUAGAGCCGCCGAAAAUCAAAGGAAUGGACAAAUUGUUGACUUUCGCACAAGGCACGCUGCCAAGCGGCGGAGGAUUGGAUCGCCGAGUUCCAACGCUUGGCGUCAAUGUCGGAUGCACCGAUGGGCUUUAUGGCCAUCAAACACUACUUCAUUACGAGGUCAUGUCCGGCGCUGGGCAACACGCCUUGACUCACGUUGCAGACACUCUCACUACAACAACGGAGCUCUUCGACAAAGUCGCGCAAAUUAUUAUCAUGAACAUGGAGGCCAAGAACCUCAACCAUUCAUCUCCAGCAGGCCCGAGCAGAGAACAACAUCGACCGAAAGUGGUCGUUGUCGGUGCGAAUACCCUUACAAGGGUAUCCGCCCUGUUUUUUGCACGUGAUGGAAGGGAGCUGCGCAGUUUCGUGUUGACACAAACUUGGCGAUGUAUCUUUCCAUGUUCAGGCGUCCUCCGCGCACAACUCGACGACUUGUUGGACAAGGGCUGGAUCCGCCCUAGUAGCUCCCCAUAUGGAGCGCCAGUUCUCUUCGUACGGAAGAAGAACAAGGACCUACGAUUGCGUAUUGAUUACCGCAAGCUCAACGCACAAACCGUCAAGAAUGUAGGGCCUCUUCCUCGUAUCGACGAUCUUCUUGAGCGAUUGGGCAGCGCGAAGUACUUUUCCAAGUUGGAUUUGAAGUUGGGGUAUAAUCAGAUUUCAAUCCACCUGAACGAUCGCUAUAAAUCGGUGUUCAAGACACGAUAUGGGCAUUUUGAGUGGGUAGUCAUGCCUUUUGGCCUCACCAAUGCCCCGGCGGCCUUUCAAGCGGCGAUGACCAACGAGUUCCGUGCGAUGUUGGACCUGUUCGUGCUGGUUUACUUGGACAAUAUCCUCGUUUGUAGCCGAACAUUGGAGGAUCAUCUUGAGCACCUUCGACGAGUGUUGGAGAUGCUCCGCCGCGCCAAGUACAAAGCCAACCGCGACAAGUGCGAAUUUGUCCGACAAGAGCUGGAAUACUUGGGCCAUUUCGUCACACCGGAGGGCAUCAGUCUGUUGUCAGCUAAGAUUCAAGCCAUCCAAGAGUGGCCGAAGCCGCGGAACGUCAGGGAUGUCCGUUCGUUUCUUGGCCUUGCCGUCUACCACCAACAUUUUAUCAAGGGAUACUCGAAGAUCGCGGCCCACUUAACCAAGCUUCAAUGCGAGGAUCGACCGUUCGACUUCGGUGAGGAUGCGCGGGGUUCAUUUUUGGCCCUCAAAGGCGCAUUAUUAUCCGCGGAGGUCUUGCGCAUCUACGGUCCGCUAUUGCUAACACGCGCCAUUACGGAUGCGUCCGGCUAUGGCAUUGGGGCUGUCCUCGAGCAACACGAUGGCGUGGACUGGCACCCGGUCGAGUAUUUCAGCAAGAAAGUGUCCAUCGUGCACUCAAUUGACGAAGCACGAACGAAGGAGCUCCUAGCCUUCGACCACGCGCUCAAGCGGUGGCGGCACUUUCUCCUUGGUCAAAGUGAAUUCCGAUGGGUAACAGACAACAAUCCGUUGGUCUUUUACAAGACCCAAAACACGGUCAACAGCACCAUUGCUCGUUGGAUGGCUUUAAUCGACCAAUUCGACUUCUUUCCCGAUCACAUUCCGGGAAAGUCGACCGUUUUGCGGAUGCUCUUUCACGGCGUCGGGAUCAUUUCCGAAUACUGGGCCAGUCUAUCUGAUUGGCCCAUAGGUGACUCUUCAGAGCAGUGCAUGCCACGACUCACUCGAUCACAGACCAAGACCAUGGACCGGAAGGAGGGAGAAUCCCUCCUGGCCUAUGAGGAACGCCUGGCUGCUUUCAUCCAGGAGGCCAAUGACAGGGCUGCCGCCGCGGCCAAGGAACGUGGUCGGAUUGAGCAAGAAGAGGAGGCCAAGCGACAGAAGGAAGAACAGGACCGACUUCGUCAAGCGGAGGCAGACCUGCAGGCGACAGCCGAACACCGGUCACGCCAGCGGGAACGACUGUUCACGCGGGAGACCGUGAUCGGCGAUGAGGCCGCACAUYGGGUGGAAGUGGCAUCUGCAGACGAGGCCCCGGAGACUGAGAAAGGGCUGUCAGCCCUUGCGCAGGUCUCCCACGACCUCGUGGCCACCUGCGUUCUGCAGCAGGAGGAAAUCCUUCACCUGCAGCAGACAGUGGACCAGAUGUUCGCACGGUUGCAGGCGUUGGAAAAACAGCCAGCUGCUGUAGCAGCCGCAGGGCCUUCAAACCUUGCGACCCGUGUUCAAGUUUUGGAGGAUGACGUCAGCAAUAUCAAGCGUGUGCAUCAGGACUUCCGGACGUCGCAGCAAGCAACGAACUUGCAGUUGGAGACGCAGGUCCAGGCUGCUACCACUGUGACGCCCGCCGCCGCAUCCUCCCGGCGCCCACCCAAGCUGGAUGACAUUCCCGUCUUCUGCGAUCCGUCCAAGAUGGAACCGAUCCCGUGGUGGCGCCAGUUUACUCUCAGGCUCGACAUGCACCAUGUCCCGAACAACGAUCGACAUCCGUGCUUGUACCACCGAUCUGGUGGUGCGUGUCAAGCAUGGCUGGACAACAUCUUGACCAGCCACGSCGUAGCAGUGUCGGAACUGCACACCAAGCUCACUUGGCAGGAGUUGACYGACGCCUGGCACAAGYRAUUCCAAGUGGAGCCRCCCGACCUGCAAGCGAUGGACAAGCUCAACAAGCUCCAUCARAACACGCUGCUCAGUCAGGACUGGAUUAUCGAGUUCCAAAGACUCGCCUCCACACCUGACCUGCCGCUCGCAUUCCGCGCCAUCAAGCACUUGUUUAUCAUGCGCUCGUGUCCAGCUCUGCAAAACGCGMUGACGCAGAUUGCAGAGACACUCGACACAUCUGACAAGCUUUUCAGCACAGCAUCACGGAUCAUUCUCACGAAUAUCGAAGCCCGCAACGCCGGUCGAUCUUCCGCGACGGCGAGCGGCACCCAGCCCAAGCCAAAGGUGGCUUGCAUUACUUCUACCAAGGCUUCAACACCAAACGAGGGUGAAGUGUUGGCAGCUGCCCGGGAUGGUGGCCGGCCGCGCAACAACCACGGCCGCGACAAGACGAAGACUCAGUCCACCUCUACACCGAGCACCGGAUCAGCUGCCGACAAACCUUGGGUGCAAUACGGACUCUCGGCGAAUUCCUAUCGCACGCGACUCAAGUACCAUUAUUGCCUUUGGUGCAACAACACCAUCGACGAUGCUGCACAUUGCCCCACCAAGGGGAAACCCCACGAAGUCGCGCUGGGGGACAUGCUUGGCUAUGUUGCCAAGGUGGCCCGCGAGUUUGUCUCGCAACGGUACGAAGAAAACAACGCACCGUUGCUCUACGUUCGCAUUCAGAUUGGGCAAGCGGCCUGCAACGCUUUGCUAGAUUGCGGCGCAACUCGCAACUUCAUCAGCCAGUCCUUCAUGACUCGGGCUGGCCUUGGCGCACAAGUACGGAGGAAGUCACAUCCGACGACGGUCGCUCUUGCCGACGACGAGUUCUCGGAUGUUUUUGAGACACCCUCCGGUAUAGUGCCGGACCGGCCGAUCUCUCACGAGAUCAUACUUGAAGCCGGCGCUGUGCCACCGAAGGGAUGCAUUUAUCGCAUGUCCGAGGAGGAGCUCACGGUUCUCCGUGCACAACUCGAUGAUCUACUUGACAAGGGUUGGAUCCGCCCUAGCAGCUCACCUUACGGUGCGCCCGUUCUCUUCGUUCGGAAGAAGAACAAGGACCUUCGACUUUGCAUUGACUACCGACGCCUCAACGCGCAAACCAUCAAGAACGCGGGCCCUCUACCUCGCAUUGACGAUUUGCUUGAGAGGUUGGGCGGCGCCAAGUACUUUUCGAAGUUAGACCUCAAGUCGGGCUACCAUCAGAUUUCCAUCCGCCCGCAAGAUCGGUACAAAACCGUGUUUAAGACGCGAUAUGGGCAUUUUGAGUGGGUAGUUAUGCCUUUUGGCCUCACCAAUGCCCCGGCCACCUUUCAGGCGGCCAUGACCACCGAGUUUCGUGCUAUGUUGGACCGCUUCGUCUUGGUCUACUUAGACUACAUCCUCGUCUAUAGCCGAACUCUAGAGGAGCAUCUCGAGCACCUUCGCCGGGUUCUAGAGACUCUUCGGUCAACCCGGUACAAAGCCAACCGCGACAAAUGCGAGUUUGUCCGGCAAGAGCUUGAAUACUUGGGUCAUUUUGUCUCUCCGGAAGGCAUUCGUCCGUUGGCGGACAAGAUUCAAGCCAUCCAGGAGUGGCCCGAGCCGAAGAAUGUGAUGGACGUAGAGAUGGGGGAUACAAGGAGGAUUGUGUGUGAUUCGACGGCAAAAAGCCUUGUCCUUUUGGACGAGCUAUGCAGAGGAACUGAAGUUAGCUAUGGCACAGCUCUGGCCAUGGCAGUGCUGGAAGAGCUGGACAUGAUAGGUUGCAUGGGCAUUUUUGCCACUCAUUUGCAUGGGUUGCUCGACUCGCAGACAGCAAAAUGGAAAUAUGUGAAAGAGAAAGCAAUGGUGACAGAAGUUGUGGAUGGUGUGCGAAAGGCAACAUGGAAGAUGAUGGAUGGCAAAUGCAAGGAGAGCAUGGCCUUUGAUAUUGCGCUACAGGCAGGUGUGCCACAGAAAAUUGUCGCGAGAGCAGCAGAAGUGUUUCUUGAGAGAGAAAGGAAACAAGUGAUGGCAGCAUCAUUGGCCUCGUCUGCCGAUGAUGGCUCAGAGUUAGCACCGAAAUGCCACGUCACAGUGCCACAUCAGCAGUACCAACAGUGCCUCGCCACCAUGACGGUUCUAGCUUUGGGCAUGCUGGGCCAACUGGCCAACGAGUCCAUUGACGAGUAUCAUCAGCGGGUUCUAGCUCAGCUGGCAGCAAUUGAGGCUGAGAUACAGCGCCAGGCGGCAGCCGAGGCUGCCCGCCUACAGGGUGAAGCGGCAGCAGCUGCUGAAAAGCAGCGGCUUCAGGCCGAAGCAGAAGCAGAUGCCCAGGCCCUCUGCAAGGAGGCCCAAGAGCUGCUGCAGCGGCACGAAGCCACCAGCAUCGACGAGCUCAAGUUCUGGCAUUUUGAACCAUCCGCCGGCCACGGCAACGCAACACCGGAAGAGCAGCAGAAGGAGUUUGUCUCCAGACUCGUGACACGGUUGGUUUACACUUGUAACCACCAACAGUCCAAGUUAGAGAAACAGCACCAGGAAUUGGUGAGUCUCCUACGGGCAAUGCAGAACCACGAGGAUGCUACACGGGCACUUCUUUCCCGUGUACAGGACUUGGAGCAGGCCGCACCAAGACCAGAUGUUGGCGAGUCCAGCAGUGCACCCUCAACCCGCCAAUUGGAGGAACGAGUUGACCAUGUAGUCGCAAUGCUCGGCGACAUCAGCACCUUCGCCACACCAGCCACCAUCAGCGAGCAGCUCGGCACCUUGCAGACCGAACUCAGGCAGCUGCACCAGCCGCCCGACAAUGAUCACAGCACCAAUGCAUCAAAGGACUACAAGAUGCCGACGUUCCGGAUCGAGAAGUUUGACGACUAUACACAUCAGGACCCAGUCGUCUGGUGGGACGGUUUUACAACCGAGCUUGGGAUUCACGAGGUCCCCGGACACUUGUUCAUCUCGGCGUUGUUCCUCAACGUCAAGGGCGGAUGCCAAAUCUGGCCCAGCCACAUGGCAACCAUCUACGGCAUCCAGGUCAACCAUCUAUACAAGAAGAUCUCCCGGGAAGAUCUGACGAGAGAAUGGAAGAAGCGGUUCAUCGUUGACGAUGCCCCGGCGCUCGCCAUCAACCGCCUCUUCACCAUGACCCAAGGCAACACACGGACACGCGAUUGGCUCACGGAAUGGCAAAAGAUCGUGGCAACGCCCGAUCUCCAGUUGCCAUUUUUACAUCUGCGCCGAGACGUCUACAAUCGGUCGUGUGCCGCCUUGAGUCUCGCACUUGGUGAUCGCGAGCAGUACACGACCUUUGCCGAAAUCAUCGACAAGGCAUGAGAGAUCAUCAAGACCAACCGGGCUGCUGCACACAAGAAGUCAGCGUGGCAGCCAGCCUAUGUGGAGAAGGGAAAAUUUGGUCCGCGUCCGCACAUGUCGCUGCAGUCCAACCGGACAACAUUGUGGAAGACCCGACAGCCACCCAAGCAUCACGUGAGGGAGAUCAGGUGGCCGCCGUCCAUCCGCGAAACAACAACAACUCCCGUAACAAAGGGAAGACGAAAAC